AUGUUUGAUUGUAUGAAGAGUGAUGCUGUAAUUUCUGAAAUUUAUAAGUCAAAAAGUAAACAGCAGAAAGCUGUUAGAAGAACAGAUGCUUGUUACCAUCAAUGUGAACGAGAGCAGCAACGAACAGUACGCAAAUUGGCCACAACCGAUCAACAAAUCUGUUCGAAUAAUGUAUUGGCAGAAUUUCGUGAAAAAGAUAUACACUUAUCGUUACUUGAACUUAACAAAUAUUUUGAAAAGUCAUUUUUUGAAAUAGACUUUUUAUAUGGACACCCACGUAUAAAUUGA